AUCAUUGUCAUAGAGGCAUACAUGACUCUCAGAGAUCGUGGUUCCUAUCUUGCUGCUCAGGUCGUGAGAGAUUUUCAAGGCAAAUUUGCGUUUAUUCCGUUUGACAGUGAUUCUAAAACCGCGUUUAUUGCUGCAGAUGCUGAUGGGUGUGUUCCUUUCUUUUGGAGAGCUGAUGUUGAUGGAAAUCUUGUUCUUGCAGAUGAGAAAGAGGUUGUAACUAAGAGCUGUGGGACAUCUUCUGCACCAUUUUCUAAAGGAUUCUUAUUUACAACAUCCAGAGGUUUGAGCAAUUUUGAGCAUCCACUUAAUGAGGUAAAGUCCAUCCCAAGAGUUGACAGUUCUGGUCAGGUGUGUGGUGCAACUUUCAAAGUGGAUAAGGCUAAGAAGGAAUCAACUAGCAUGUCAAGGGUUGGGAGUGCUGCUAACUGGUUGAAUAAUAUCUAA